AUGACCUCCGGCUCCCCAGAUAGCACCAUCGUUCAGGAAGACACCAUGACCGAGAACGGUGUCAUCGCUGAUAAGUUGAAUCCGAGUCACAUCACCCUCAAAGUAUGUCCUCCCUCCUCCGAGGUAUACCUUUCAAUCGUCCCCCAGCUCGCAACCCUACUCAAAUCCUGCAUCGACAACAACAUCACGAUGAACUUUAUCCAACCCUUCUCUAUUGAGGACGCAUCGGCGUUUUGGCUUUCGGCCGAGGAAAAUGUGGUGCAAAGGAAGCAAUUCGUUAUAAUCGCGCAAGAAUCUCAAGGAUCUUCAGAGGAUGAGGCAGAUUACAAUGAUUCUCGCCAUGAACAGCACGUACUGGAAAGUAGAACACCAGUCAUUCUGGGCUGUGUGAUACUCUACCUUGCCCAACUUCCGAAUGCGAAACAUCGGGCGGAGGUAGGCAAACUGAUUGUCGGAAGAGAGCAUAGGAAACGGUCCGUGAUUGGUUUAUCUUCCAUGCUUCUUUCACGUUUUGUGAAAGGUGUAUAA